CAACGCUGCUCAGUGCCCUUUCAUCCCCCGUGACAGGCAUACGUCACGCUCUUUCUCCUGACCAGCCCCGUGUGACCCCAGGCGAGGGCGAGGCAUGACCCUGGGGGAGUGAGCGUGCCAGGGGUCAGUGCCACCACCAGGACGCAGGAGGAGUGAGAUCAACCUAGCACCACCACCAGCACUACCAUGGCCAGCCUACCUCAGUGCCCGGCCUCCCUCAAGCAACUCCAGCACUACCUCAAGCUGGCCUCAGAUUAUGAUAAGAGGGAGCCUGUGGUGUCCUACUGGGCACGUCUCUACACGCUUCAGACGGCCCUCAAGAUUGACCGCAAGAGUCCCGAGGCGCGCGCCCUUCUCACGGGACUCAUGGACUACCUCGAGAACUUUAAGAAGGAGCAUCGCGACAACGACUCGGUGACCAAUGACGUGGCCGGCCAAGCACUUGUCGAGAACGUGGCCCACAAGCUGUUCAUGUGGGCCGAUGGGGAGGAUCGCGCGGCCAGGUUUAAUAAGAACGUGGUCAAGGUCUUCUACACGGCGGGGCUGCUGUUCGACGUGUGCGAGGUCUUCGGUGAGGUCCCGGAGGAGGUGACCAACCAGAGGAAAUACGCAAAGUGGAAGGCGACGUACAUCCACAACUGCCUCAAGAACGGAGAAACGCCCAUCCCCGGACCCAUGGCAGGAGAUGACGAGGGUUUGGGAGAGGAUGUCGGGGGAGCCGAGGGUGGUGAAGAGGCGGGUGCGGUGGGUGGUGCGGCGCUGGGCUGGUCACACCCACAGCCACACCCAGGCCUGCCCUCUGUGCCGGGUGAAGAUGAAGGUGCCGGGCUGCCCUCCGUGCCCUCCUCCUCCCCUCCCCCCCCGCCCACGGCACCCAGGACCUCAUACCCCCCACCCCCUCAGGUUCAGCCGCCAGCGCAUGUCCCGGCCGCCGCCCCAGCACGGCCGCCAGCCGCCGCCUUCCAGAUGCCUGAAGCUACUGGGGGCUCCGUACCACUGACGCCGGACAUGGUUGCCAAGGCCCAGAAGUACUGCAAGUGGGCUGUGUCGGCGCUGGACUAUGACGACUCACAGACAGCCAUUGGGAACCUGCAGAAGGCCCUUACCCUGCUCUCCACGGGCCAUGAUAGCUGAAGGGACCUGGCACACACCCUUAGUCCCGCACCUUCCCACUUUCCUCUUUCCCCCUCUGCUGUAAACAAUAGGAAAAGAUUGGAAAGAUUAUGUUAUGUUAUGUUAUGCUUGUAUCUCCCUAUCUCUCUCCCUUAAUUUCCUCCCUUCUCUCUCUCUCCUUACUAUGAACAUUGGGAAAGGUUUGCAAAGAUUGUGUUAUGCUGUCAUCUCCCUAUCUCUCUCUCCCUUCUUUCCCCUCUCUCCCUUUCUCUUACCUCCCUUCUCUCCCCUCCUCCUCUCUCUCUCUCUCCCUUUACUGUGAACAUUGGGAAAGGUUUGCAAAGAUUGUGUUAUGCUGUCAUCUCCCUAUCUCUCUCUCCCUUUCUCUUACCUCCCUUCCCUCCCCCUCUUCCUCUCUCUCUCUCACUAUGAACAUUGGGAAAGGUUUGCAAAGAUUGUGUUAUGCUUUCAUCUCCCUCUCUCUCUCCCUUCUUAGUCAACCUCUCAUUCACUCUCUCCCUCAAUGUCAUUCUCCCACACCCUUUCACUCCCUCCCUCCCUCUCCUUAGUCAACCUCUCAUUCACUCUCUCCCUCAAUGCCAUUCUCCCACACCCUUUCACUCCCCCUAAACUUAACCUACAGUCUGAGUUUCCUAUCCCAUCACUCGUAUCCCCCCCCUUUCGAUCGUCCUGGGUAAGUGCUGUUCCUGUUCCGAGGCCCUGUGCUGCUUAUGGGAAGGUCCUCCUCUCACGCGUAAUAAUAAUUCUUGUCGUACGUGAGUGUGGGGAAAGGGAUAGUAUGGAUGCGUAAUUGAUUUUUUUUUUUUUCAUUUUCGUAUGUUGAGAAAUUUAGUCCAAGAUGAUUUGUACUGUAAUUUGAUACACACACACACACACACACACACACACACACACACACACACACACUCUCUCUCUCUCUCUCUCUCUCUCUCUCUCUCUCUCUCUGUCUCUCUUCGGCUCAGUCCUGGGACCCGUUCUCUUUGUCGUUUAUAUCAACGACAUUGACCUUGGUCUCAAUAAUUUCAUUAGUAAAUUUGUGGACGACAUGAAAAUCGUCAGUGUGGUACUUAAGGAAUGUGACAGGCGGAGCCUACAAGAAGAUUUGCGUAAAAUAUCAGAUUGGUCAGUAAAAUGGGAAAUGCCUUUUAAUAUAAACAAGUGUCAGAUUCUGCAGGUUGGAUCUAGAACUAUAAAGAAGGACUGUGAAAUGUGCGGCGUUAAAGUUGAAGGCGUUCACUCGGUCAAAGAUCUUGGCGUCACAGUCGCGCCUGACCUCAAGUUUUCCCAGCGGUGCAACGAGUCCGUUAAAAAAGCAAACAGGAUGAUCGGUUUGAUUAAAAAAAAUUUCAUUCAAAAAUGAAGAUGUUAUACUACCUUUAUAUAAUAGUUUCGUCAGACCUCAUUUGGAUUAUGCCGUGCAGUUUUGGUCUCCCCACCAUGCGAAAGACAUUGCUAAAUUAGAAGGUGUUCAGCAUACAGCAACCAAGAUGAUUCCUUCAUAACAAAACAAACCCUUUGAGGAAAGGCUGUCACAUCUAAACCUGUUUUCUCUUGAAAAAUGCCGCCUCAGACGAAAACUGAUAGAGUGCUUUAAAAUACUUAACGGUUUUACCAACGUGGAUCCGACCAAGCUGUUUGUGAUGGAUGAUUCGACGCGAACGAGAAAUAAUGGCGCUAAACUCAAAUGUAGACAAGUUCAUUCAGAUCGCACAAAAUUCUUCACUAAUGCUGUCGUUCGAGAUUGGAACAGAUUACCGCCAUCACUGGUGCAGUGUAACUCAAUUGCAUCGUUUAAGAAUAAUCUUGACCGCUAUCUCCUCCAUCUAAAUGUUCACUGGGUCAGUUUCAACGCCAUGGUGGCCGCAUAACAACUGUCACCUAGGUUUAGGAUAGCCCACCUAGUUUGGGCCUUAGGGCCUGUGUGGUCUGGUUAUCUAUGUAAUUCUGUCUCUGCCGCUCUCUCUCUCUUAAGGACAGACCACAUAGUCUGGACCAUGGGGUCUGUGUGGUCUGUUUUUCUAUGUAAAUCUAUGUAAAUCUCACACACACACACACACACACACACACACACACACACACACACACACACACACACACACACAGGUUAAGAAAAGUAUCAGAAGCCAAUGUGGAAACUUGCAACAUCAUACCUACAAAGUCCUUACCUUACCUUACCUUGCCUUGCCUUACCUUACCUUACCCUACCUUACCUUACCUUACCUUACCUUAACUUGCCUUACCAGUGGCUUUAUGAUACUUUUUAUAGCAUGUGUGUGUAGUUGAUUCUCCCUUAGGCCUUCUGUAUGAUUUAUUUAUAUGAUUAAAUCCGUUUCCAUGUGUAGAUUCAGUCAGUUUGAGGCUCAUAUUUCUAAACACAUCAUCCCCUUACUAUGCUAGUUUCAAAAAGGUUCCAGAGUUGCCGGGUGUUCCAGGGACGGUUUUGUGACCCUGGUGAUAGUUUUACACGACCUCUGCAUCUUGAAGGGGAAAAAACACCCAUGAAAACCCGGUUACUCUUCCCUGUGACCUGCGGAGACCGUCGUAAUGGGGGCCCGGUACGCCUGUUUGAAAAGCCUCUCGUGGUAGUUGCUUGGGUUUUCAUGGACUGUUUUGUUGUUCCAGUGAUAGUUCUACAUGACCUCUGCAUCUUGAGGGGGAAAAAACACCCAUGAAAACCCGGUUACUCUUCUCUGAGGCCUUGGGAGACCGUCGUAAUGGUUCCAGAAAUGUUUAAGAAUAUGAACUUACGUCACCAUUUUUUCGGUCAGUCACUCUGUUUUAAGUAUUUACGAGUUAGUGCGUCAUCCAGCUGUUGUGCGGAUGAGAGAGGGUCAUCAGCCACGUGUCCUCAGCCUUGGUCAUCCGUAUCCCUUCAUCCGAGCGGGUUAAACUUAGAUUCGGUUUCUACCCUCCUUUCAUCCCCUCUCUCUCCCUCUCCCUCUCCCUCGUCCCAGCCUAAGAUUCGGUUUACGUAACUCUAUGCCAUUUCUCUGUUUCCUACCCUCCUUUCCUCCUCCUCUCUCCCUCUCCCUCCUCCCAGUCUAAGAUUCGGUUUACGUAACGCUAUGCCAUUUCUCCGUUUCCUACCCUCCUUUCCUCCCCUCUCUCUCUCCCUCCUCCCAGCCUAGUGUACAGCGACCACUAUACAUAUAAGUUCAGUGUUGUGCCUUGCCGCUGCCUCCUCCCUUUCUAGAGCAUAGCCGUCAAGUGUUACUGUAGCGCAUAAGGUCUGUUAAGCACCUGCCAGCCUGUGUCCAUUCCACUCAGCAUUAUAAUAAGAUAUACAACCAGUGGAAGUAUGUUAACCCAGGAUGCAUGUGUGUGUGUGUGUGAGGGGAACUUGGUACGGUUGGAAGGUACGGUUAAUCCAGGGCGCAAAUUCAUGUACGUCGGGUGUAUGAGGGAGAAAACGUAGGGGACGGGAAAGGAAGGUACGGUUAAUCUAGGACUUGAAUAUGAAAGGUACGGUUAAUCCAGGGCGCAAAGUUAGGUAAAGGAAAGGAAAGGGAGAGGAAGGGGAGGGAAGGAAAAAGGAAUGACUGCUUAAAAUUGACUGAAAAGGUCGCAAAGGCAGGGAAAGAUUGACUGAAAAGGUCGCAAAGGAAGGGAAAGAUUGACUGAAAAGGUCGCAAAGGCAGGGAAAGAUUGACUGAAAAGGUCGCAAAGGAAGGGAAAGAUUGACUGAAAAGGUCGCAGAGGAAGGGAAAGAAAAAGGACUGACUAACUGACUGGGUUCAUUCUCGCCUCCCAAGCAGAUCGGACAUAAAGCAAACUUGGUGAAUCUAUAACCGUACGCUUUAAUGAAUAGGGUUAAGUUAUGAAUAAAACUCUGAAAUGUA